AUGGCUGUCGCUGCUCUCCUUAUCGGCGUCGUAGGCCCAGCUGACGCUCACGCGAGAUUUUUUAAGGAUGCAUCGCGUCUGGACAGCAACCGCAGGGAGCUGAGACGGCUGAGCGAGUUGGAGCGGUUGCAGAUGGCGAGAGGGCGCAGUCUCGAGCAGCACUGGAGCCUUGCGCGCACCGCAGACAACAUCGCCGCUGCUGUGGCCACUGCUGCUGCUGCUGCUUCCUCGUCGCCCAGCGAGCUGUCGCAUCAGGGCCGAAUAUUGGCAGAGGCGGCAGCAGGAGGAACAGCAGUCCUGCGCCUCUCCUCGCCCUACGUCUAUGGGCGCUUCUACGCGACGCUGACGCUGGGAACGCCGGCGCACGAGGCGUACGUGGUGCUGGACACCGUGUCGAGCCUCUCCUGGCUCUACUGCGACUGCAUCAAGUGCCCCUCCUCGCCGCUCCCCACCGACCCGACGAAGCCGCGCACGUUCUUCAACUCGUCCGCAUCAUCGACCGCGUCCGCGCUCGCGUGCAACAGCAGCGCGUGCGCGGCGUUCCCGAUGGCGGCGUGCGGCGCGCUGGAGACGUACUCGGAGGCGGGCGUGUGCGAGUACUACACGCCGGACUCGGCGGGCGACGUGCUGACAGACGCGCUGCGCGUGACGAGCGCGGACAGAGUCGUGUCGGCGCCCACCGUUGCCUUCGGGUGCGCGCGGGUGGACGCGCAAGGGGGGAGCGGGAUCUUUGCGGAGGUGGACGGCGCGCUGGGGCUGGGCACGCAGCCGUACUCGCUGCUCGGGCAACUCUCCGCCUCCGCCAACGGCACUGCUUCCGCCGCCGCCGCCGGUGCCACCGCUGCCGCCGCCGCCGCUGUAGCUGCCGGAGGUGGUGCUGAUGCUGCUGUGGCGCCUGCGGGGCCUGCGGCGGCGGUGGCGGCGGUGUGGUCGCUGUGCUACGACAGCAUGGCGAACUCGGGCGUGCUGGUGCUGGGGAGCAUGACUCCGCCCGCUAAUAUGGUUACCACGCGCUUCGACACCGCCGCGGACGACUCGAGCUACUACCUGCCGGUGUGGCGCAUGCGCGUGGGGAGCAUCGAGGUGCCGGGCAGCAAGUCGCUCAGCCGCAGAACCGUCGGCGCGGGGGGCGCGGGGGGCGGAGGGGCGACGCGCGGAGGCGUGGUGGUGGACUCGGAUAUCACGUACACUGCGCUGCGGGGGGACGUGUUCCUGCGCGUGGUGAAGCUGGUGUUUGCUGACCCACGGCUCGUGAGGCAGGAUGCGGGAGGCGAAGUGUGUGUGUUCGUCAAGGCCAGUGACACCAACGUGGUGUUGUUCCCGCCCAUCUUCUUUGACUUCAAGGAGGGCUCCUAUGAGGUCACCUUCAACAACUACCUCAUGAUGAAUGACGCGAGUGAAGCGGGAGCCACGCUGUGCCUGACAGCAUACGCGCUCCCGAACGACCGAGUGCACGACGCCCACAUCGGCACGCUGUGGCUGCGGGAUCAGUUCAUCCAGUUCAACCUGCCCAACAAGACCAUGAGCUUCGUGCCCCUCAACUGCACAUCAGGCAAGCCAGUGGAAGCAGCACCGCAACCGUCUCCCACCCCGAGCAAACCUAGCACCCCAGCCACCACCAACACCAGCGCCCCUAAGCCAACACCAACACCAAAACCAGCACCAGCACAAGCACCAGCAAGAGCACCAACCACUCCCUCUGCCAAACACCCAACCCCUGCCCCUCCCUCCUCCCGAGCCCCUGCCCCUGCCUCUUCCUCGCCCCCGUCCUCCGCCCCCUCCUCUGCCCCAUCCCCUGCCCGCACCCCCCUGAGUGAUCCCAAGAAGAAUAGCAGUGCGCAUGCAAGCAAGCCUGCUCCCAGUGCACAUGCCCACCUUGCUCCUGCUUCAGCUGCUUCCCCCAGCCCUGCUGCUUCCAGCAAGGGAACAGGGAAGUCGAAGUCCCCUGCUGCUGAAGCACCAAGUGAAGCGCCUAGUGGGGCGCCUUAUAAAGGGGAUGGGGAGCGGGGAGUUGCCGGGGGUGUGGGGGGGGAGGAGGAGGGUCACGAAGUGCGGGGAUUGGACGGGGUGAGCAGCGGAGGGGAGAAGGUGGCACCAGGGAAUGCAAGUGCGCUCAGCCCUCCUCUGCCUGUCAGCCAGAAGAAGAGCGCUUCCUUCUCCACCCGGCCUCUCUCCCUGGGACCAUUGGCCCUUUCAGCGCUUCUCUCAGUAACUGCAAUGCUCUUUCCAGCACAGCCGUUGCAUCACCGCCACCGCCCAUAG